CACAGUCGCGUGGCAUUCACGCAGACGCAGCUGGCUGCUCACAGUCUCCUGCUCUCCUCACUUCGCCGCUUCAGUUGCAAUUGCCAAGUCGCAACAAUCUACGGCACCUACCGCGCGCAGCGGCAACCAGCCCGAGCCCCCCCCCCCCCCCCCCCCCCCACCCCCUAAGCACCGAGCGGCGCGAUGGCGACGGAGCUGACGGCGGCGCUGCUGCGGGCGUACGACGGCACCGACCCCUCCAAGCCGAUCUACGUCUCCGUCCGCGGCAAGGUCUACGACGUCACCUCGGGCCGCAGCUUCUACGGCCCCGGCGGCGCCUACGCCAUCUUCGCCGGCCGCGAGGCCAGCCGCGCCCUCGCCAAGAUGUCCAAGGAAGAGGCCGACGUCUCCGGCGACCUCUCCGGCCUCACCGAGAAGGAGCUCGGCGUCCUCGCUGACUGGGAGACCAAGUUCCAAGCCAAGUACCCCGUCGUCGCCCGCCUCGUCGACGCCUGAACUCGGAAUCUGAAGUCAAAACCCCCCAAUCAGCGGCGACCACCACCACCUCGGCAAGUAUCAGUGUAACUGUCUGUAUCCUACCUCUUGCAGCCUUGUGCUUGCCUGCUUGCUACAUUAGCUACCAAAUAAUCUCAAGGGUCCAAGCUAUGAUGUAUGUUCCUGCUACAAAACUCUCUGCAUACACUGUGGUAUCUGUCAAGAUGUAUGUGCUUAUUUGCUGUGCAAUUGCAUGCUGUA